AUUCAUUCUCAGCCGCUUUGCCUUGGUCAAAGCAGACACAACCUUAAUUUGAAAAUUUUUGAUAGCCUUUUGCUUUAUUAACUGUCAUGACCAUUCAAGGCAAGAAGUUCUACACACUUGUUUUCACAUUGGAUCAACCCAAUCAAAAGAUUCUCCUCGGCAUGAAGAAACGAGGAUUUGGAAUGAAUAAAUACAAUGGCUUUGGGGGCAAGUUGGAACCGGGCGAAACCAUUGAAGAAGCGGCGUAUCGUGAAUUACUGGAGGAAUCAUAUAUCAAGGCCAAAGAUAUGAAGCAUGUUGGGAUCAAUUUAUUCACUUUUGAAAAUAAUCCCAUUGCAAUGGAAGUCCAUGUAUUUGUGACCCUGAAUUAUGAAGGAACGCCCCUCGAAACUGAAGAGAUGAGACCCGAAUGGUUCUCAUAUGAUGCUAUCCCAUAUGAUCAGAUGUGGACCGAUGAUCGAUUCUGGCUUCCCAUCGCUUUGGACGGUAAAAUGUUUAUUGGAGAAUACUAUUUCGCAGAGGAUCAAAAGACCAUCUUGUCCGAGAAAUUGGAUAUUGUGCAUGAAUUACCACGGGAAUUCGAUCUUGACAAACGCACCUUUUAAAUCAACCACCUGUAUCGAUCCACCCCAACCCCAAUUGUCUUAUCAGAGAUAACGACCAAAUCAUUAAAUCAAUAGACGAGUUUUUUUUUUAUCCUUUUGGUUUUCUAGGCUAG